AUGGACAGAUACCGCGCAGAGUUUUGGCGCAAAGACUUAUCCGACGUCGCGUUCUUCCGAACGGUCGCGUGUGCGCUCUGGGCGUCGUUUGGCAUGGUCGUGCCGGUACGUUUUUGUUUUCUCUUGGUCUUUUUAAAGAGUCGUUACUGUUCGGGAAAUUCAAAAUCGCUCAUUUUCCCCCUACUCGUGGUGUGUGUUCAUGGCUGA